AGACUGUUUCUAGUCCACCUGCCUCCUCUGGUCCGAUCAGGUGACCUGUUGUACUGAAGGAGAAGUGAAGACCAGGUAACUGGAGUGGCUGAAAUCUGAUCCUCGCUGACUGCUGCCUCGAAAGUGAGCAGGAAGUUUCACGGUGCGAAUGGCAGGAAGUACAGUGACGAGGUCGUUCCAGGAAUUCUAACUGCAGUUUUCCCUGUGUGUGUCGGAGAGCCCGACAGACAAAGACGGACCCCCGGCCAGAUCUCCAUCUCUUUUCCUCACCCUCGUCAUACCUCCCUCACUUCCUCACCCCUCAUACAAUAGAUUUCCCCUUCUCAAGCCUGAGGGGGAAAAGGUGGAGGGGGGGAGGGAUACAGUUUCUGGACAACAAUGGAAACUCAAUCAGGAAAUGGAGAGGAGUUGACCUCGGGCUUCGCUGUCGGUCGUCCCUGUGGGCCGCAGGUAGAGGCAGCGGAUGAGCCGGUGCUCAGAGAGGACCUGCAGGCUGCUAAGAGGAUCGAGAGGUUUGACAUCCCUCUUGAAAGUCUGAAGAAGAUGUUUGAGAAGCCGGCCGUGACCGAUAUGGAAGUGACAGCCAUCCACACCUCCCCGUCCAAACGAGUGACGUCCAGUUCUCUCCAGUCGACAGAUCCGACCAUGGCCUCACCGCAGGACACCUCUCUUUCUGCAGGCAGCCCAGGUAGACCCGGGUCCGGACGUCCCGAGGAGAGGGCCCCGAGUGCUGAGGACCAGGAGGCCGAGCCAGUGUCAGUAAAAGAGCGGCUGGCGAUGUAUCAGGCGGCCGUGUCCAAAAAAGAAACCAGUGCUUCCUGCUCCACUGCGAUGAUGGAGGAGUCGGAGGCGUGCUCACUGCCCGGCGGCCUCGCCAGUGUGAAGAAACAGUUUGAGAACCAGGAGUUCACGUCUUCAUCGUCCCAGUCCAGCGUCACCCAGUUUCACUUCCAGCAGAAAUCCGUCCAGCUGGAGGAGCAGGGGCGGGGUUUGCUGGCGGUGGAUUCUUGA